AUGGACACGACCAAUGACACAAUCGAGGAGAUGUCUUUCACCCACAAUCAGAUUUUCAAAGUGAACUUUGAUGGCGUCACCCUGAUUAAGAUUACGGUGGUGUUCCUGAUGACCGCCUUCUUCAUUUACAUCAACUGCAUUAUGCUUUUCGCGCUGUGGAGCAAGCCCAUCUUUCACGAAAAACCUCGGUACAUCCUCUUUGCCCACAUGCUCCUCAAUGAUUCCAUCCUCUUGUGUGUCACCUCAGUGAUGUAUGCCUUGUCCCUUGCUCUUCUCAACAUAGCCAGAGCCAUUUGUUCCCUCUUAGUGCUGAUUUCUAGCUGCACUUUCCAAAAUGCCCCUCUGACUUUAGCAAUGAUGUCAAUAGAACGCUUUGUGGCAAUCUGUUUCCCUCUCAGACACUCCUCUAUCAUCACAAAAAAAUCUACAAGCAUUGGCUUGGCUGUGAUUUGGUGCCUUAGCUCUCUGGACAUUGUUAUCGAUCUGAUAUAUGUCCUCAUGUCUGAUUUUGGCUCUCCAGCAAAAACGAUAUUUUGCACCAGGGAGAAAAUCAUCAUUGCUGAGUGGCAGGUUAUGAAAGCUGAAGUUUUCAAUGUUCUUUAUUUUGUAACCGUGACGAUCAUCAUUAUUUUGACGUACAUCAGCAUCAUGGUCACAGCCAGGUCUGUCUCCACCAAUAAAGAAUCUGCUAAGAAAGCCCAGAGGACAGUAUUACUACACCUCAUUCAGCUGGGCCUGUGUCUUGCCUCUUUUCUAUAUGGAAUUAUUGAGAGAAUACUGGCUUUAAUGACUGUUGGGAGUACCAGUCUAUUCAUAGAUCUGCGUUAUCUAAAUUUUCUUAUUGUUCUUAUUUUACCUCGAUGUCUGAGCCCACUCAUCUACGGCUUGAGAGACGAUGCUGUCCGGCCCUUAUUCCGAUAUUACUUUUGCUACAGCUCCAAAAAGAUUAAGCCCGCUGUCAAUGUGCAUUGA